GACGAUGAAGAUGAUUUGAGUACGACAAGUGGAAGGCGGCAUGGCGCUUUGCUCUUACCAGAAGAGGCGGAUAUGAUCAUCUUUGAUCAACCUUAUAUGACCCAAUGGACCCAAAAGAGACAUCAAACAGGAGGUAAUCCGAAGCCGCGAGAUGAGAGAGAUUUACCGGAUUGGCGAAUGCGCGAAAGACUCAGAACGGUGACUGCCGCUUUGGUCAUGUGCUUGAAUUUAGGAGUAGAUCCACCGGAUGUGAGCAAGACCAAUCCAUGCUCAAAGCUGAUUUGCUGGACCGAUCCGGGAAGCUUAGAUCCAACGAGAGCUUUGGAAGCAAUUGGCAAGAACAUGGUUGCACAAUUUGAACACCUCUCGAUGAAGACCAGAUACAAGCUUCACUUGGAUCCGGUAGUGGAGGAAAUGAAGCGAUUCUGUACCAGCUUACGUCGAACAGCAAAAGAUGAACGAGUAUUGUUCUACUACAACGGAUACGGUGUUCCAAAGCCAACGCCCGGCGGAGAGAUUUGGGUAUUCAACAAAGCAUACACACAAUACAUUCCGGUCACACUCUAUGAUUUACAAGCAUGGCUGGGAAACCCAUGCAUUUUUGUCUGGGAUGCGAGCUCUGCGGGGAACAUUCUCAACAACUUCAAACGCCUAGCAGAGCGUAGAGCAGAGGAAGAAUCAAAAUCAUCCAAUGGCAAGAAACCUUCAACUUCUAUAGGAGAUGAGCAACAGUUCCCGCUGCGAGAAUCUAUCCAUCUGGCAGCAUGUGGACCUGAUGAUGUUCUACCAAUGAACCCUGAUCUGCCAGCCGAUCUGUUCACUUCAUGUUUGACAUCACCAAUCGAAAUCUCGCUACGAUGGUUCGUUUUGCAGAACCCUUUACCUUCUCCGCUCGACUUUGAUAUGAUCAUGAAAAUUCCAGGAAGGCUACAAGAUCGCCGAACACCAUUGGGAGAGCUCAAUUGGAUCUUUACCGCCAUUACAGAUACGAUCGCAUGGACGGUGUUGCCUCGAACGAUUUUCAGAAGGCUGUUCAGAGAUGACUUAAUGGUUGCAGCGCUUCUCAGAAACUUCUUGCUGGCAGAGCGAAUCAUGCGAUUCUAUCAUUGUUCACCCAUGAGCCAUCCAAAGCUACCGCCAACGCAUAAUCAUCCUCUGUGGGACAGCUGGGACUUGGCCGUCGAUCAAUGCCUGUCACAAUUGCCGACCUUGCUAGCAAAGACCGAAGCUGCCGAGAAAGCCGCUGAGCCUGACGGUCCAGCAAUGCCUGCUCAUUUGGCUGCCUUUGAGUAUCAACCUAGCACAUUCUUCAGUGAGCAAUUGAUGGCAUUCGAAGUAUGGCUAUCACAGGGAGGUGUAAGCAGAAGGGGAAGAAGAAGGAGAGCAGAUGCAAGUCUAUCCAUCACUGCACAACUAGAAAUAGACCAGGAUGAAGAAGAUGAAGAGGAAGCUCGACUUAUUCGCGAUCCGCCAGAUCAGCUUCCGAUCGUCCUUCAAGUUUUGCUGUCACAAGUGCAUAGAUUGCGUGCGUUGAUCUUGUUGAGUCAAUUCUUAGAUCUAGGUCCAUGGGCAGUCAAUCUUGCUCUCAGUAUUGGUAUUUUCCCGUACGUCUUGAAGCUCUUGCAAAGUCCUGCAGCUGAUCUCAAGCCUGUGUUGAUUUACAUCUGGGCAAGAAUAUUGGCGGUAGACAGGAGCUGUCAGAAUGACUUGUUGCGAGAUAAUGGUUUCAUCUACUUCAGCACAGUCUUGAGUCCUUUUCAGCAACCGAAUGGGGUCAAUGAUGCAUCCAAUGUCAACAAUUACCCGAUUCCCAACGUGUCCGAGCAUCGAGCAAUGUGUGCUUUCAUCUUGUCUGUCUUUUGCCAAGAUUUCCCUGCUGGACAACAAGCAUGCUUGCAGACUGAUGCCAUGGAUUCUUGCUUGGAGCAUCUUGAUCAUGAUGAUUUCCUUUUGCGUCAAUGGAGUGCGUUGUGCAUUGGUCAACUUUGGGACGAUUCAGCAGUGGGCAAAGCACGCGGAAUCGCUAAAGAUGUUCAUGGCAAGUUUGCUUGCAUGCUCAGUGACAUCUCACCUGAAGUCAGAGCAGCAGUACUGUAUGCCAUGGGAAUCUUACUUGGAGCAAGUGGCUCAAGCCACGACCCGAAUGAUCCUUCUUCUUCCUUGCCCACCAACCCCGUCUCUAGCAGACAUGCACAGACUCGACCGCAUUGCUUGGGUACGGGAACGAUGCUGAACAUGGAGGAAAGCAGACAGAGGAGCUUAGAGAUUGGUAUCGCCAUCAGCAUGCUCUCGACAAAGUGCGAUUCUUCUCCACUCGUGCGCAAAGAGUUGGUGAUUGCUUUAAGCCCUCUUGUGCGUGAAUAUCAAGGUUUCUUCGUUUUGGCUGCAUAUUUGUACUAUAAUCGCGAAGAACGUAAAAUGCGCAAGAGAAGAAAGACGACGUUUGAAGAGGUAUCAGGUCUCGACCCUGAAUCCAAAGCAUACGAACAAGCUUUGUUGACCCGCGUAUUGAUCAAGUUAUCACUAGAGGAAGGUCUAGAUGAGAUCGAUAUUGCCAAUGUUCCGGCUUUCUCCACCAUCUUUGUAGCAUUGCUCGACCUCAGUGCAGAUGGCCACCCAGAAGUUGCAAGUAUGGCCAGCACCGUUGUCGAUUACAUCACCGCGCUCAUGUUGACGUCCAUUCCUUUCGAGUCCUUCAACCCGGCAGGUGGGGCUAGCGAUCGAUUAGUGACACCAACAAGUACUGCAGCAAAUACUGAAGGCUAUUUCCCACCCAUGCCAAGGUCAAAGAUGAGUGUAGCUAAUGAUCGAUUAAUGGAUCGGGACAAUUUGGGCAUGUCUUCUGCUGCAUCUCUAGGAGGUUUGAGCACGUUCAGCUCGUCCAGUGGCAAUACUGUCACAGCUGGUAAUCGACCUUCAUCUUUACACCCUUCGCAAAGACGGAAUACAUCUCUAGCACAAACUGUAAAGACGAUCGCCACACUAGGAUAUUCCAGACCGCCAUCACCCUCGGCAUCAUCGCCCGAUGAAACACAGCCACAAUCGGAUGCAACUGUUCCGCCUAAGUCUGCGUUCCUUCCUCCACGGGUUCCAGCACCUCGUUCCAACUCAUCACGAUAUGUAUCACCAUUUGGUCCCUCAGCUGAACCAAACAGCAGGGAAGCUAGUCAACCGAGCUCACCAAAGACACCAGUCACGCCUUUGCCCACGAAUGGCGCACUUUCAGCCUCUGCCAGUACGCCUUCUGAAGUUGCUCAUCGAUCGGCCAGUGCAGAAAGCCUAGCACAUAUCAGCAGACUGCAAGAAAGAAGAUCCUCAAAAACUGGUUCGUUGAGACAGAAUGCAACUAUCAAUCAAUUAUCAAGCACGCCACCUGUUGGAACCAAUCCACACGAUCUGUCUACUCGAAGCAGAUCACCUGCGGAAGAGAUUGAUCGAAUGGCAGAUAUCAAGAUGGCAGAUGCAUUAGCCACGAUUGUUGCCCAGGAUUUGCAUAGAUUCAGAGAACGUGCACAAAUCACUGCUGCUCAGAGUAAUACAACGAAUGCGGGCAAUACGCCUAUGCAUAGCCCAUCGAUCUACCGAACAGGUAGCGCAGGCGAUGCAGUCAGUCCUGGUACACCUUCAUCCAGUAAAGGUGGUGCUAGCGGUCCAAGAUCUGUGAGGGAGGUGUUGCCGUUGAAGAGCAAGCUGUUCGCAUGGUGUAGUGAAUACUAUACUGAACCACAGAUGAAAUGUGCAGAGGCAGAUGAGCUAGGAAGCGUGCAAUACAACAUCCAAACGUGGAAGCGGGAACGCAACGAACGAUUGAUGAACGAAGCGCAAGUGGAUGUGGAAAGUGCGUUGAACAUUCGAUGGUCACAAAAAGUGCAACCAACGGGUAUUCAAGUUGGUGGUCCUGCAUACCUCAUGCAUAUGCAUCAAUUCGAAAACCAUUUGAUUACUGCAAGUGAACAAGACACGCUCAGUGUUUGGGAUUGGACGACUGGUAAACUGUUGACGAGAUUCAAUAAUGGAAACCCGCCAAAGACAAGCAUCACUUCACUCACAUUUGCCAACGAAGAAGCACAAUCACGUUUGCUUGUUGGAUCGGCCGAUGGAGAUGUUCGAAUCUAUGCAAAUUAUGACGAGCCAAGCUGGACAUCCAACAGAGGACCAAAGUUGGUGAGCAGUAUGCGCGCUUUGCCACACCUGGUCAGAAGCAAAAGACCGAGUGGAUUGAUUCUAGAUUGGCAACAGAUCACCGGAAGCUUGUUGACCGGUGGAGACAGUCGAUACGUUCGUGUUUGGGAUGCUCAUCGUGAGUUGUGCAUUUGCGAUAUCCCAACAAGAGUUUCGUCUUGUGUCACCUCAAUCUCAUCCGAGUCUGACGUUGGUCACAUCUUCGUUUGCGGUUUUGGUGAUGGUGCAAUUGGAGUGUAUGAUCGCAGAAUUCCACCUGAAUUGUCACUUGUGCGACUAUGGGAAGAACAUGCAAAUUGGAUCACAAAUGUGCGUCUGCAGAAACGGGGUAAUCGUGAAUUGCUAUCUGCAAGUACGGAUGGUGUUGUGAAAGUGUGGGAUAUUCGAGGCAGGAAGAGUAUUCGAUCGAAAGAUUGGAGUGAGCAAUUGCAAGGCAAGCUAAGUGCAAUGGAAGUGCAUGACGGUGCUCCAAUCUUUGCACUUUCCAAUUAUCCUAGACCUACCCGUCAAGGAUUGAGUGCACAGAGGACACUGUUGUGCAACAUUGAAACACAAGAGGUUUUAUCGAAUGUUGCUCCGAUUGUACGUCAAUUUGCUACACCUGCACAAGCAGCACAAGUCGCAGCCAAUCAGCAUCAACCGGUCGGAGGAGCAUUAUUCCCAAUCGCACAGCCAGCCUCCCAUCAGAAUGGUCCAAACGGAACACCAUCCAAACAAGCCAAUCUGCAAUCCAACACAUCUUUGCUAUCUCCUGCGAUCGAUGAACCACCAUCGCCUUUCAGACCUUCGAUGGGUUCUUUGGCUUUCCAUCCACAUUUUCCACUUUUGGCUUUUGCCGGUCCGGAC